UUUACCUAACGCAGCCCCCGUUGCGCGGUUGUUGCACAAAGCUUUCUCUAUAUAACCAUUUUUCCCCAUCUUUCUCCACAACUCAGAUAUCAAUUCUAAUUCUAAACCCAACUCACAUUCUUACUUCCUCUCUAACACUCUCUACUCUUCAUCUUUUAUUUUGCUAUACAAAUGGCCCCAGCUCCCUUCCAACAACUUGCCGCCCAAAAUGGUUCGGUGGAGACCUUCUGCAUUACCCGCAACGAUCCACUUAACUGGGGUGUGGCUGCCGACGCUCUCAAGGGAAGCCAUCUCGAUGAGGUCAAGCGCAUGGUGGAGGAGUACCGGAGGCCCCUUGUCAAGCUUGGCGGUGAGACUCUCACCAUUUCCCAAGUGGCCGCCAUUGCCACUCGUGAUAAUGAUGUGCUGGUCCAGUUGGCUGAGUCUGCUAGAGCUGGCGUUAAAGCUAGCAGUGAUUGGGUUAUGGAGAGCAUGAACAAAGGCACUGAUAGUUACGGUGUUACUACUGGCUUUGGUGCUACCUCUCAUAGAAGGACCAAUCAAGGUGGAGCUCUUCAGAAGGAGUUGAUUCGAUUCUUGAAUGCUGGGAUCUUUGGAAGUGGAGCUGAGUCCACCCAUACUCUGCCCCACUCCGCUACCAGGGCGGCUAUGUUGGUGAGAAUCAACACUCUUCUUCAAGGCUACUCGGGUAUCAGAUUUGAGAUUUUGGAAGCCAUACAUCAUCCUGGUCAGAUCGAGGCUGCUGCAAUUAUGGAACACAUCCUGGAUGGAAGUUCUUACAUGAAAGCUGCAAAGAAAUUGCAUGAAACCGAUCCUCUCCAGAAGCCAAAGCAAGAUCGUUAUGCUCUUAGAACUUCUCCUCAAUGGCUUGGUCCAUUGAUCGAAGUCAUUCGAUUCUCAACAAAAUCUAUCGAAAGAGAGAUUAACUCAGUCAACGACAACCCUUUGAUUGAUGUUUCAAGGAACAAGGCGAUCCAUGGAGGCAACUUCCAAGGAACUCCAAUUGGUGUCUCCAUGGACAACACUCGUUUGGCCGUUGCUUCAAUUGGAAAGCUCAUGUUUGCUCAAUUCUCAGAGCUUGUCAAUGAUUUCUACAACAAUGGAUUGCCUUCAAAUCUCUCUGCAAGCAGAAACCCAAGUUUAGAUUAUGGAUUUAAAGGUGCUGAGAUUGCCAUGGCUUCCUAUUGCUCUGAGCUUCAAUAUCUUGCAAAUCCAGUGACUAGCCAUGUACAGAGCGCCGAGCAACACAACCAAGAUGUUAACUCGCUGGGUUUAAUCUCUUCAAGGAAAACAGCCGAAGCCCUUGAUAUUUUAAAACUCAUGUCUUCCACCUUUUUGGUUGCCCUCUGCCAAGCAAUCGACUUGAGGCAUUUGGAAGAAAACUUGAAGAACACUGUGAAAAACUGUGUUAGCCAAACAGCCAAGAAAGUGUUGACCACAUCCUCUAAUGGAGCGCUUCACCCAUCAAGGUUUUGUGAGAAAGAUCUUCUAAAAGUUGUGGACAGAGAGCACACCUUUGCUUAUAUCGAUGAUCCAUGCAGUGCCACUUACCCAUUGAGCCAAAAGUUGAGGCAAGUCCUUGUUGAGCACGCACUUGGCAAUGGUGAUUGUGAAAAGGACGCAGACACUUCAAUCUUCCAAAAGAUUGGUGCUUUUGAGGAGGAACUAAAGGCCGUGUUACCAAAAGAAGUUGAAAAUGCAAGGUUGUCGUACGAAAGUGGAAAUUCCAAAAUUGAGAAUCAGAUAAAGGACUGCAGAUCUUAUCCAUUGUAUAGGUUUGUGAGAGAAGAAUUGGGAACGAAUCUUCUGACAGGAGAAAAAGUGAUAUCUCCAGGAGAAGAGUGCGAAAAGGUGUUCACAGCUCUGUGUGAAGGGAAGAUGAUCGACUCUAUCUUGGAGUGCUUGAAAGAGUGGAACGGUGCUCCAAUUCCCAUCUGCUAAGGAUUCAACGUUGAUGAAGAUAUUUAUAAGAUGAAUUUGUACUUUACUAUUCUUUUUUUCCCCUUCUUCUAUCAUAUUUCCUUUUGCCAAAAAAUAAUGAAGGA